UCCUUUUAUAUUGUUCAUGUUGCACAGACGAAUUUUAAACCCUUUUUGUCCGCCGUAGAAGAUGACCUCUAUCGUACAAGCUUGGGGAGUUUGUUUAGAAUUAAGGACAUUGAAGUGCAAUAAUUUCACAGUUUACAUCAUCUGAGCUAGUUUCUCGUGUAUAAAUAGUGGGCAUUUAAGCAUUGACAGCUGUGUUUCUGAAAGGCAUUUAGAACGGAAGAUCGAUUAAGUGCAGCGGUACUAAGCUUCGCACGAUGUUUGAUAUCUGGACUGUUUCUAUAGCAUGUCUAGUAGUGUGUUUAUACAUAUGGUGGCGGAAAACCACGAGGGAUGCUACCCUUCCCCCGGGGCCCCCCACGGUCCCACUCAUUGGGAAUCUUCUAAGUGUGAGUCCGGACACGUUGUUGGAGACGUUUAUGGAGUAUAGGCAGAAGUACGGAGACGUUUUCAGUCUAAUCACUGGUUCGAGGAUCCUUGUUGUCGUCAGUGGAUAUGAUACCCUAAGGGAUAUAUUCAUAAAGCAUGGAGAUAUCGUAUCCGAGAGACCUGAUAUGUUUAUUACGAGAGAAGUCGGGAAAUUCAAAGGUGUGGCAACUUCCUCUGGAGCACUCUGGAAAGAACACAGAACUUUUACUUUAAAUGCAUUGAGAGAAUUCGGGUUUGGAAAAAGAAGUUUGGAGUCUAGAAUUAUUGAGGAAAUUGAAGUAUUUGUUCGAGAAAUCCAAUCUAAGACAGGAGCGCCGUUUAAUAUGCAUGACCUGAUAAAUGUCUGUAUCUCCAAUAUCAUGUGUUCCAUCAACUUUGGCCAACGCUAUGACCAUAAUGAUAAAAACUUUCAGUCUCUGUUGAAUAAAAUGAAUCAAAAUUUGAGCAACGAAAACAUAAUGUUUGUUGCGACAGUAUUACCUUUCGUUCAAUACAUCCCUGGAGACCCAUGUCGGAUCAAGAGGACAAUGUCUAAUGUCGAAGUUGUGGAGAAUCAUCUUCGGCAAAUCAUUAAGGAGCACGAGGAAACUUAUGAUGAAAAUAAUCUCAGAGAUUUUGUAGAUGUCUACUUGAAGAAAAUGAAAUCAGAGAAAGUCAAUCCCAAAACAACUUUCGACGAGGACCAAUUGUUGAAGAUUAUAGGUGAAUUAUUUGUCGCUGGAACUGAAACAACAUCAACCGCUCUCCGAUGGUUCUCUCUAUUUAUGAUUAGAAAUCCGGAUGUGCAAGAUAAGAUGCGCAAAGAGAUCUAUGACGUCAUCGGAUCUUCACGUUUUCCUAGCAUGGAAGACAAACCAAAUCUUCCAUACUGCGAAGCAGUAAUACACGAGGUUCUCCGAAAAGGAGCGAUUGCUCCAAUAUCUGUACCCCAUGGACUGACGGGUGAUCUUCAAUAUAAAGGUUUCACCAUUCCAAAAGACACGCUUCUCAUUCCGAAUUUGUAUUCUGUCUUCUUUGACAAGGACAUUUUCCCUGAUCCACAUGUUUUUCGCCCAGAGCGAUACUUGGAUGAGAAAGGAAACCUUCAACAUACCGAGAAAGUUCUAGCAUUCUCACUUGGUCGCCGAGUGUGUCUAGGUGAGGCUUUGGCGAGAAUGGAAUUGUUCCUGUUUGCCACAUCCAUGAUACAGAGAUUCCAGAUUUUACCAGCUGAUCCAGAUCAUCUACCAUCUGAGAAAGGCCACAUUGGAAUUACGUAUUCGCCAAAAGCUUUCAAUUUAAAAGCAGUAAGUGUUUAGGGUAAUUAACAUGCAUCUGAUGUUGUCCUUGACGAAUAUCAAAAGACCAAACUCCAAUUAUAGCGCGUUUUGUAAUAUUUUGUUUAUUACAUGCACCAAGGUGUGAUCGGUCAACAGGGAAUUCUUAUCCCUCCUAGAGGCACCUGAUCCCACCUCUGGUAUACCCAGGGGACUGUGUUUACCCUUCUCUUUAUUUUGAAUUCUCUAUGGGAUUGAUCAAUUUUCGUUAUCUUUUCUUAUUCAUGUACAUUUGCAUAGCCGUGUACUUUUACAAUAUAUCACAAACAUUUGUCGAUAUGUGCUUUAUGUAAGACGAACAUGUAGUAAGAAAUUGAUGGGUCAAUUGUCACCAUUAUUUGCAAUUUAGCGGAUAAAAAACGACAUAGUAUUUUAUUUUGUUUUUUCAAUAUUCCAAGAAUUUUGUGGAGAUUUUACUCAUGUCAUGAAAAUGUACAAGGAGCAGAUGUUGAAGUCCCACUGAAAUGUUUGCUGACUGCUCUGAUUGUUUUGACAAUGUACAAAACGUCCCUCUCGAUAAUUUUUACUCAUGAAGCACUUCAACUGCUGAACUUAAGAUCACGGGUUUGAAUCCAGCAGGGGUUUUAUUUUUUUUUCCAGAUUGAUUUCUACUUAAACUACAUUUUUGAAUAAAUAAAGUAAAUUUGAAUGGUUUUAAUUUCAAAAUAUUAAUGUACAUAUCCCAUCCCACUUUUCAUCCAUAUCAAAUCUCCGUAGAAGCAUUCCACCUUGAAUAAGCCAUUGGCAUAGAUAAUUAUUGUUUUUUCUUUAUCGAAAUUCCGAAUUCGAAUUGUACAUUUUACUUAUUUUCACCUUUGAUACGGAUGUGUAAAAUAUUUUUUAAUGCAUAUUUAUGGGCCUAUAUUGAUAGGAUAGGAAUAUACACAGAAAGACGCAUAUAUUUGUUGCAAACCGUGUUGUAUCUUCAAUCUUUAAAGCUUAUUAUUGCUUGUAAUAAUAGUUUGUAUUAGAUAUAGCAUAACUUGUGUUCAUUUUGGUGUUGUUAAUAAAGAGAGUUUGCGUUUUA